AUACAUCCAGGAGAAGUAUUGUGUAUUUUAUGUUUGUUUGAUACAGUGUUGUCGUUUGCUCCUGGGAUGGUAACACUUGUGUCUACUAGCUAGUUGUCGGAGAACAGAGGAAGUUUUGGCCUCACCUCCUGAAACUGGAUUUUGAGGGUUCAGCGAUGGAUUUUCACCAAUAACUUUUCCUUACUUUACAGUGUUCAUAUACUUGAUUCACUGUAUAGCUCUGCAGCAUGUUUCAUCGCCAUGGGAUGACUGGUUAGUGGAACUGUGGCUGUCAGUAAUUUUGCUGAAAUGUCCUGCAGGGUGGAAAUAUCUUACUAACUGAUAGCACCCACAGUUGCAACAACUGUUUCAUAUCAGCGCAGUUACACAGCCAUGGGCUUCUUUUCGCCUCUGUACAAGAUUUUGCGGAGGGGGAAAUAUUUUGUACUGCUCCUUCUUUUGCUCUCAGUGCUCGCAUGGAUCACAACUUUUUCAGGCGAAACAGUGAAACCUGGCCGGGUUUUCUCCGCCACACCACAAACUCCUGACAAAGGAGACAGUCUGAGGGAUAAACUUAACACUUGGACAGAGGCACCCGAUCUCUUGAAUACUCCACCCCCGAAAGUAGAAUGCCCUCAAGAGUCACCAUUGCUACAGGGAGCUCUGAAGCUGUCCUUUGAAUCCUCUCUGAAACUGAAGGAUGUGGUGAGUGACAACAAAGGAGUGACUGAAGGCGAGUACGAGCCCUCAGACUGUACAGCGAGGCAGAGUGUAGCAAUCCUCAUCCCUCAUCGCAGCAGAGAGAGACACCUCCUGUACCUGUUGCACCACCUGCACCCCUUUCUGCAGAGGCAGCAGCUACACUACGCCAUUUAUGUCAUCCAGCAGGCUGGCGAUGCAACUUUUAACCGUGCCAAGUUACUCAAUGUCGGGUAUUUGGAGGCACUGAAGGACUAUAGUUGGGAGUGCUUCAUCUUCCAUGAUGUGGACCUGGUUCCUGAAAACGAUCACAACUUAUAUGUCUGUGACAAGCAGCCCAAACACUUGGUGGUUGGCCGGAACGCCACAGGAUACAAGCUGCGUUACAAAGGCUACUUUGGAGGAGUAACAGCUAUGACCAAAGAGCAGUUUCUUCAAGUGAAUGGAUUCUCAAACACUUACUGGGGUUGGGGCGGAGAAGAUGACGACCUUCGCAUCAGAGUUGAGCUGCAGAAAAUGAAGAUUGUGCGGCCACCCGCUGAUGUAGCUCGCUACACCAUGGUGUUUCACAAACGCGACAGUGGCAAUGAAAUAAACAAAGACAGGAUGAGAUUGUUAGGACGAACACCGCAGGUAUGGAGAAAGGAUGGACUGAACAGCUGCUCAUAUAAGACUAUGUCGGUAGAGAGGCUCCCUCUUUAUGUGAAUGUUACUGUGGACAUUGGUAAGCCAUAGAGUUUAGAUUUUAAACAGUAAGCCUUGCUGUGACUACAAAAUAUUUUUAUAUGGUAUGUUUAGGCCAUUGAGUGUAGAAAAGCUACUACUAUUUUUGCAUACUUUCUGCCUUAAUUUCUUCAUAUUGUGACCAGCCUGUACAAAAAUUAAACAGUUUUUUUUCUUUGAAGUAAUGAUUGGCCUUGGUCAAAUAAAGAAGUUGCUGACAUCCAGCUGCCAGACUUCGAUUAAUUUAUGCAUAUGCCUCAUUAUUUGGCCUACAUUAUAUGGUACAGCAUAAAACAUGCUAAUAUUAUAUAAAAAACAUGCACACAUCGACAAUGGUUAUUUUGUGUGCUUCAUUCUGUUGCAAUGACUUUUUCUUUAGCCCCUACACACAAGCGGGGCAGCACCUUUUAAUAUUUCUAGUAGUACAUAGCAUGUAGUGACCUCACAUAUUUCCCAGAAGUCUAAUCAGAUAGCAGAUAACUGAGAACACCCCUUCGGUGUGCAGAGCCUUGAAGAUUAAGUGAAUGUUUAGGUUUGAUUCAAGGCUGCUUGGACUCUUCAAGGCAAUGAAAUGUUUGAUAGCUUACUAGACUUGUUUCAUUGACACUGACAUGUUCACAUCACAAACGUAGAAGUAGAAGAUCUGAUUUAAGUAGAUCUGUUCAUUAGAGUAAUAAAAAAAGCAAUAAUUGAUUUUGGAUUCGUUGAUGGCAGACUGACAAAACAAACUAACAGCAACAGAUAUGAUAUACUAUUAGCUCAUCAGUUUAUAGCAAACUAAUGCCUACCCAUUACAGUACCUAUAAAAACAAAUAAGUAAUAUUUCCCCUUUAGACUACAGUGGAUGUAAUCAGAUCAAUAAAAAAAAAAAUUAAUAUCCAUUUUUUUUAGGUCAGAUGCAUCUAUAUCUGCAGGAUCCAGCCGUUGGUUAGUCAGUUUUUUUAACGAGACGACCACAGACAUAAAGCCAACAAUAUAAAGGAUUCUGGUGUUUGUUGAUGGAGGACAAUGUAAAUAAUAUUCGUGAAAUCCUAGUAAUCUUAAAUUGCUCAUUUUCGGAGGUCUUCUCAUCUAAAACUUGCCGGUAAUAUUACUGCUCUGUAUCAUAAAAUGAGUGAAUU